CUAUCUAUUGUCUAUGUCAAGUUUCAAAGCGUUAUAAACUGCGUUACUUGUGACUGUAAAUUGUAAUUUUAAUGUCAACAAUUUCAUGUUUUAUGGAAAUAAAAUUAGCGUAUAGUGAAUUAUACUUACAUAUUUAACAGAAUAUCAAGAUGGUAAAGCUUACCACGGAACUCAUACAAAAUUCCAUGCAGUAUAUUAACCCCUGUAGAGAUCGCGAACUAGAUCUCAGAGGUUACAAAAUUCCUCAAAUUGAAAAUUUGGGUGCAACUUUAGAUCAAUUUGAUACAAUAGACUUUUCUGAUAAUGAUGUCAGAAAGUUGGAUGGUUUUCCCUUGUUAAAGAGGCUUAAAUGCUUGCUUCUCAACAACAACAGGAUCGUGCGCUUAAGUGAAAAUUUGGAACAAUAUUUACCUAAUCUGGAAUCACUUAUAUUAACAAAUAAUAACAUCUCUGAGUUAGGUGAUUUGGAUCCUCUGGCUACACUUACAAAGUUACGAACACUUUCACUAAUGCAUAAUCCUGUAGCAAAUAAACAACACUAUCGAGCAUAUGUUGCAUUUAAAUUGCCUGAACUAAGAUUAUUAGAUUUUAAAAAAAUAAAGCAAAAGGAAAGAGAUGAAGCUAACAUUUUAUUUAAAAGCAAAAAAGGAAAGGAAAUACAGAAGGAAAUCACAAGAAAAGCCAAAACCUUCGUACCUGGUGGAAACAUGCCAGAUCCAAAAGUUACAAACCUUACACCUCAAGAAAUACAUAAAAUCAGAGAAGCAAUUAAGAAUGCUUCUUCUCUCCACGAGGUUGAGCGGCUAACAAGAAUGUUGCAGUCUGGACAAAUACCUGGACAGAAACCAUUACAGCCUCAGUCAACUCCAACCAAUGGACAGCAAAAUGAAGAUGAAGAAAUGGAGACGGAUCAAACAAAUGGUCAGUAGAGAGUAAGGUUUGUUUUAACAAGGUGUUACAGCUAUAAGAACAGAUACAUGCAAAAAUACCAAUUAUUAAGCUGAUAAGAACAGUGUUUUACUACAAAUUUGGCUUCAAAGGCAGAUACUACAUAAGUAACAAAUUAGUAUGGAGUGGUUUUCUUUCCAAUCCUUAUUAAAUUGACCCAAAAUUAUUAAUGAAACAUGAAUUUCAUAUCAAAAAAUGUUAUAUUGGGCCAUUUGUUUUUCAGUAAAAAUUCAACAGUGAUAAAAGUAUUUUUUUUU